AUAUCAUAUCGCCCCUUCUUACACUUGGACACCCAAUCACCAACCAUCUAUCCAUCCAUCAUGCCGCCGCGACCAAAGCGACAAGCCGCCACGCGCAUCCCCCAGGCCUCAGACUUUGACCACCUCGGCAAGCAGCACCCGCCCCUGCACGUCUCGCUCGUGUUCCCCGAGGUCGUCGAGACGACGACCUCGAUCAUGAUCCUGUUCCACGGCCUCGGCGACUCGGAGGUCUCGUUCGCCGGCCUGGCCAGGAACCUCAAGCUGCCGGGCGUCCUGGCCAUCGCGGUGCGCGGGGUCGAGCCGCUUCCCCCGGCGCUGCUGGGGUUACCGCCCGAUGUUGCUGCUGGGGUUGGGGACGGGACAAGGCAUUUCCACUGGGGCGAUGACCUGGACAUGGACCCUUCGACGGGGGAGCUGGACCCGGAUCCCGGGUUCGACAAGGCCAAGAGGGCGGUGCUGGAUGGGCUCGUGUUCGACACCCUGGUGGGCAAGCUGGGCUGGCGGACUGAGGAUAUGUUGCUGUUCGGGUUUGGACAGGGAGGGAGUCUGGCGCUGGGACUGGCGUCGCGGCUGCGUGAUCCCGAGGGGAUCUCGGAUGCGAGAGUCGUUGAUGUCACGGAGGGCGAUCCUCAGGCACAGAAGCGAGAAGAAGGGGAAGAAAUGACGGCGUUCAAGGGCGUCGUGUCGAUCGGUGGGCCACUGCCGCCGAGCAUGGUGCCCAGCCUGAGCUCGCGCGAGAAGGCGCGGACGCCCGUGCUCGUGUGUCACGGGAGGAAUAGCGAGGUAGUGGACGAGGACGCCAUGGAGUUUAUCCGGAAGGAGAUCAGGGAUGUGCGGGAGGUCAAGUGGACUAAAGGGCGGAGUAGUGGCGACGACGGGAUGCCCCGGAAUCGCGAGGAGAUGUUGCCCAUUAUGCAGUUUCUGGCGGAGAGGCUGGCGAGUGAUCAGUGGUCAUGAGCUACCGGGACUUUGUAAGAAGAAUACAAAUACAAGAGUUGUUUGGCUCAAUGGUCUUCCCAGGACACGUUCCAUGUGACAUGGAAUCUGUGUGUUCUGCAUGAUUUUCUUCAGGCUCCAGGGACUAGCGCACCGAGCAACGGCACGCUUCUACUCUGAACGUUCUGAGGUAUCGGUGACGCCCUGAUCAUCCUCAUUCCUCAUGAAGACUUCGGUGGCAAAUGCAGCCUCUUGCCUCAAUCCUUCGCUGAUUUCCGGAUAAGAUAGGAGGCCCGGGCUUGCUCGGGCGAAGAAUUUAACCAGGACGGUGCGAAGAGCCUUGCUCGGAUGUCCAUUGGUGUAGG